UGCAUCCCCAUCCCAUCCCGCCGGCUUCUUGGGGCAAGCUGCAGUAUCUUUACGCAUAGACGUUUUCCGAAGAGUCUCCCCCGCGUCCCCGCGUCCAACCUGUAGAUGGAGAAAGCGGCUUCCUCGGAACCAGGGCCCGAGACCCGCCAAAUUGCUCCCGAACCCCACCAGCCAGGCCGGUUCGAGCAAAGGCGCGUUUCCUCCGCAUCCCACCCCCGCACGGAUCUGGAGAGCCAUCCCGAGCAGCUAGCGGCUACUGCGCAAGGUCUCUCGACAACGACAUCCGUAGCUGACACCGGCGCGAACCCGGAUACCUACCCCGAGGGCGGGAGGCAGGCUCUGACUGUGCUAUUCGGGACGUGGUGUGUCCUCUUCUGCACGUUUGGCCUAGGGAACAGCAUCGGCGUUUUCCAGACGUAUUACGUCAACGAUGCCCUUCGCGAGUAUACUUCCUCCACCAUAUCCUGGAUCACCAGCUUCAUGCAAUGGACUCUCAACUUCAUGCCCAUCAUCUGGGGAUUCGCCUUUGACAAAUGGGGCCCGCGAUGGCUACUCAUCGGCGGAUCAAUAAUCUACAUCUUCGGCGUGAUGAUGGUCUCCCUAGGGUCCAAAUACUAUCAUUUUUUCCUUGCCCAGAGCAUCGUCUGUCCCAUCGGCGCCAGCGCCGUGACGAGCGCAAGUAUGUCGUGCCUCGUAACAUGGUUCCACCGCCGCCGCGCUACAGCUUUCGGAAUUAUGAUGUCCGGGUCCUCUGUCGGCGGCGUCAUCCUACCCAUCAUGAUCCCGCGCAUGAUUGACACCGUCGGGUUCCCGUGGGCGAUGCGUACUGUCGGCUUCAUGUUCCUCUGUCUCCUUUCUAUCGCGUGCUGUACCGUAAGAUCCCGGUUGGAACCGCAAACGAAGCCCGUCGAUAUGAAAGAGUACUUUCGCGGCAUUCGGGAGCCUACCAUGAUGUCGACGGUUUUCGGUCUAUUCUUGGUCUUUUGGGGUCUCUUUAUUCCCUAUGCCUUUGUUAUUCUACAAGCCAAGGCGCAGGGAAUGGACGAUGGCCUGGUCAUUUACUUGCUGCCUAUCAUGCAUGCCGUAGGCUUAGUAGGGCGCGUCGUCCCAGGCCUCGUAGCCGAUAAAAUAGGCCGCUAUAAUAUCAUGAUCAUCCUCGCCACCCUCACCGGCAUCGCGUGCCUAGCCCUCUGGAUCCCAAUCAAGAGCAACGCCGGCAUUCUAGUCUUCACAGCGGCCUUUGGCUUCCUCUCGUCGGGCCUGACGUCCAUCGGACCGACGCUAAUUGCGCAGAUAUCGGAUAUUCGAGAGAUUGGCGCCAGGACCGGUACCGCUUUCGCGUUCCAGUCCUUUGGCGCACUUACGGGGAGCCCUAUUGCGAGCGCGAUUGUCGAUGCGCGUGGAGGGGAUUAUUUGGGGCUGCAGCUGUUUUGUGGUUUUUCGAUUUUGGCGUCGGCGGGUGUGUUUGCUUCGGCGAGGUAUGUUCAGGCUGGUGGGUUUGAGCUUAAGAAGGUUUGAGGGGCAUGUUCACGUAGCUGCUAUUUUGGGUAGGGCAGCAUGAGAUAGACGAGCGAGGUCACUGAAUCAUAGACCAAGGCAGAGACAGAUGUACCGAUAGAAACAUCAGCUUUUGCUACUCAUUACACAGAUGAACUCCAAUUGCG